GUGAUGGUAAUUGAAUGUUGAUUUUUUUUUCCCCUCUCUUUCCUGGUAGUGGUUUCAUCCACAUGGAAUCAGGAAAUCAAACACGUGCUUUGGAAUUUCUCCUCUUGGGAUUUUCAGCAAAGUCAGAUAUUCAAUUUGUGCUCUUUGGGCUGUUCCUGUCCAUGUACUUGGUCACGGUCACUGGGAACCUGCUCAUCAUCCUGGCCAUCUGCUCUGACUCCCUCCUCCACACCCCCAUGUACUUCUUCCUUUCCAACCUGUCCUUGGCUGACAUCUGUUUUACCUCCACUACUGUCCCGAAGAUGCUCUGGAACAUCCAGACUCAGAGCACAAUCAUAACAUAUGAAGGCUGCCUCAGCCAGAUUUUUUUCAUUGUGUUUGGAUGCCUGGACAACUUACUCCUGACCGCGAUGGCCUAUGACCGCUUUGUGGCCAUCUGUCACCCCCUGCACUACUCAAUCAUCAUGAACGGCCAGUUCUGUGGGCUGUUGGCAUUGGGAUCCUGGUGCCUCAGUAUCAUGGGUUCCCUGCUCGAGACCUUGACCCUUUUGAGGCUGUCCUUCUGCACAAACAUGGAAAUCCCACACUUCUUUUGUGAUCUUCCCGAAGUCCUGAAGCUUGCCUGUUCUGACACCUUCGUCAAUACCAUGGUGGUGUAUUCUGCAACUGGCCUUCUGGCCAUGAUUCCUUUCAAUGGAAUACUUUUGUCCUACUUUCAAAUUGUUUCCUCCAUACUCAACCUUUCCUCAGCUACUGGCAAGUACAAAGCCUUUUCCAUGUGUGGGUCUCACCUCUCAGUGGUCUUCUUGUUCUAUGGAACAGGUCUUGGGGUCUACCUCAGUUCUGCAGCGACUUCAUCCUCUAGGACAAGUCUGGUGGCCUCAGUGAUGUACACAAUUGUCACGCCCAUGCUGAACCCCUUCAUCUACAGUCUGAGGAAUAGGGACAUGAAGGGGGCUCUAAGGAGACUCCUCAGCAGGGUGGUGCCUCUCAGCAGUGGGGUCUCUGGAGGAGUCUUAUGGUAA